AUGUCCGCGACUGUAUUCGACCGCACAUGGAUGUGGCACCCAGACUUCCACGAAGACCGAACAGACACAGCUGGUCUGCUCGUGCACUUCAAGCGAACAAUCAACAUAACCGGCUCACUGCCCGCCUCUCUACCCAUCCAGAUAACCGCCGACACCCGCUACAAGCUCUAUGUCAACCAGCAAUUCGUCACAUUCGGCCCAGUCAAAGGCGAACAGAACCUCUGGUUUUAUGAUGAGGUUGACAUUGCCCCGUUCCUGAGAACUGGGGAGAACCAUCUCGCCGUCAUUGUGCUACGCUUCUUUCACGCAACGCAGUACGCGCCGAGCUUUCCGAGGUUGACCUCUGGCGGUUUACGCAUCGUUGCACCGGAGGCGUGGGCCGAGGAUCUACAGAGCAGCGAAAGCUGGGAAGCUGCCAUUGAUCCCUGGACUGUGUUUCGGAUCGACGAGCCUGAGGAUCGCUUCCUUCACGUUUACGAGAGGGUGACCGGGAGUGCAAAGCUGGAGUGGAAGCCAGCGAAGCUCUUGGAGUUCCGAGUCUCCACUGGCAAUUCAGCGCCCUGGCAUUUGUCCCCGCGCUUGAUACCCACGUUGAGGAUUGAGCAGAUAGCGUUCUCUGCCGUGCAUAAUUGCGAUAGCAGUGUCCCCCUGCAAGUAUGGGAGAAAGCUCUUCUUGGAAGUGGUCUUCCCCUGUGCCUCCCUCCUGGGUCGACGCAUCAGCUCGAUCUGGAGGUUCCGUUUCAUACGACUGCAUUUGUCGAAGCGGUCUUUGAAAGGAUGCCGCAGGAUGCAACUGGCAAUAGCUUGACCCUGACCUACGCUGAGAGCUACGAGGAUACUCCCAUCGAGGUGCCGGAUAUCAGGCGCAAGGGACAACGAUGUGACUAUUCAAAAUCACUGUUCGGGCCCAAAGACAUUUACGAGAUGAAUGCACAAAGUAUGCAUGAUAGCCUACGGUACACUUCGAAUCCCAAGUCAACUGUCGUGGUUCGUCCGUUUCAUUGGCGAACAUUCCGCUUCAUCAGGGUCAACAUCACCGCGGGCUCCCACCCACUUGUCCUGAACGAGCUCACAAUCAACAAAGUAAACUACCCCCUGCACCGCCUAGCAGAUAUCGAUCCCCUCGAUACAGAAACAAAGACCCUCUGGGACAUCAGUAUCCGGACACUGGAAAACUGCAUGCACGACUGCUACGAAGACUGCCCAUUCUACGAGCAACUCCAGUACGCAAUGGACGUCCGGAGCUCCGCCCUGUUUACAUACUACCUCUCCGGAGACGACCGCAUGGCCCGACAAGCAAUAAUCCAGCUGCGGAAUUCCUUUCAGGCGCGAGUCGGUCUGACGCUGAGUCGAUCUCCAACGCAUCGCCCGCAGAUUAUCCCGCAUUUCUCGCUCUUCUGGAUCCUCACCGUGUAUGACCAUCUCCACUUCUUUGGAGAUACUACUUUCACCAAGGAGUCGCUUCCUAUCAUCGAGGCUGUGCUGUCGUUCUUCGAUAACAAGAUCGAUCCCGCAUUUGGCCUCGUCAAGCUGGAAGAUGGACCCGGACUCUGGAACUUUAUCGACUGGGCGCAGGAAUGGAAGCCGCACGGGCUCAACCCCGUCGUCGCAUCGACGGGGAUCUCAACAUACACAAACAACCUCUACGCACACACAUUGACCAACGUAGCUGCAAUAAUGUCAGCAUUGGGCCUUCCCCACCGCGCAGAGGAAUACCGCGUCCGCGCAGAAUCAAUUGUGCACGCAAUCCGCAAACACUGCUUCACGGGCACCCUCUUCACAGAUACAAUCGCCAGCGCAGCAUCCCCCGCCCCACCAAGCCAACAUGCACAGGUCUGGUCCGUCCUCAGCGGCGCAGCAACAGGCGACCUGGCACGAGACAUCCUCCAAAAGAGUCUAUCCCCCGACGCACCAGAGAAAUUCAUCCGAGCCUCAACGGCCAUGUCCUUCUACACAGCUCGAGCACUGAGCCUUGCCGGCGGAAGCAUCUACGACUCACACUUCCACGCCUUCUGGGAACCCUGGCGUGCGCAGAUCAAACUUGGUCUGACGACGUGGCAGGAAGACGACGUCUCCUGUCGCUCGGAUUGUCAUGCUUGGGGGAGUGUCCCGCUCCACGAGUUUGCGGGGGAGGUCGCUGGGUUGAGUCCUGCGGAGCCUGGGUGGGCGGUUGUUGGGUUUGCGCCGCGCGUGGGACUGUAUCGGAGGUUUAGGGCCACCGUUCCGGUUCCGAUGGCUCUGGGAAUGGUCGUUGCGUGUGUUUCGUGGGAUGUUAUUGCGUCAGGGGAUGUGCAGGUUGACUUGGAGUUCAAGUGGGUGGAUGAGGAAAGGGGUGGUGAUGGUGAUGGACACUUGCAUGCGGGGCCGCCUGCUAUGGCGGUUUUGGUCCGGUUGCCGGGGCAGGAGGAUGUUCGCUUGGAUGGGGUUACUCGGGCGGCUUUUGUGGUAAGCUCAGCGGAGGUGCCGCGUUUCGACAGGUGA